AUGACUUCGAUAGGCUUCCAGCAGAUCGACACCUCGAUCAGCACAGUCCUCGCCAUCAGCCCGUCAGACCACCUCGCCAUCACAAUCUUGGGUAUCGCUUGGGCCGGAACUACCUACGCGCUCGGCAUGAUAUGGACCACUUUGGCCCUUAUUGACCGGUGGAGGGGAGCACAUGGUGAAGGAAACAUCAACUUCAUCUCGGUAAUCGCGGCAAUAAUCAUGUCAGCUGCAUGGCCUAUUGUGCUCGUAGCAUCAUUCGUCAUGUAG